AUGGUGCAGGGGGACAGGGGGGACAAGGGAAUGCAGGGGGUUCAGGGGUUGCAGGGGGUACAGGAGUGCAGUGGCUUCGGCACCGACCUCAGCAUCGGCACCGGCACCGACUCCCCAGGGCCGCUGACGGAGCCUGAGAAACCCAGGAAGGGGAAGAAGGAAAAACCCCCCAAGCCUCCCAAGAAGCCCAAGGAGAGACCCCGGAGCCCCAAGAAGGACAAAAACAAAGACAGGGACCGGAGCAAGGGCAAACCCCCCAAGAAACCCAAGGAAAAGCCACCGAAAGGCUCUGAAAACCCCCUAAAAGGCUCAGAAAAAAACCCCAAAGGCUCUGAAAAAACCCCAAAAGGUUCCAAAAAGCCCAAGGAGAAGCCACUCAAGGAGAAGUCACCCAAGGCCACCAAACCCUCUGGCAAGAAGCCACUGGUGCCACCAAGCUUCUCCCCAGAGCCCCCCACCACCCCACAGCCCCUGUGGGGCGAGGAUGAUGAGGGGGCACCUGAGUUCCUGGAGCCUUCACACUACAAAGAGGAGGAAGAGGAUGGAGGUGGCCAAGGGGAGCUGGAGGAGCCACAGAGUGAGCGCUGGGGGCUGGGCCGGGAGGACUGGGACCCCAAGCCCCAGCCAGAGCUUCCCGAGGAGCCGGAGCCCCCGACUCUGGACUACAAUGAGCAGCUGGAGCGGGAGGACUACGAGGACUUCGAGUACAUCCGGCGGCAACAGAAGCCCCCCAAGCCCCCGAGCAGGAGGAGACCCGAGCGUGUCUGGCCCCAGCCUGAGGAGCCCCGUAUUGAUGACUUUGUCACCAGCUUCUACGUGGGCUUCAGCAACGACAGCCAGCACUGGGUGAUGUACAGCAAUGGCUACGAGGAGAUGAUGUUUUAUGGCAAUGUGGACAAGGACACUCCAGUGCUGAGCGAGUUCCCUGAGCCGAUGGUGGCCCGGUACAUCCGCAUCUACCCCCAGCGCUGGAAUGGGAGCCUCUGCCUGCGCCUCGAGGUCCUGGGGUGCCCCCUUUCCGCCAUCAGCAGCUACUACACCCAGCAGAACGAGGUGACUUCCACGGACAACCUGGACUUCCGACACCACUCCUACAAGGACAUGAGACAGCUGAUGAAGGUGGUGAACGAGGAGUGUCCCACCAUCACCCGCAUCUACAACAUCGGCAAGAGCUCACGGGGGCUGAAGAUCUACGCCAUGGAGAUCUCUGACAGCCCGGGCGAGCAUGAGACAGGUGAGCCCGAGUUCCGGUACACGGCGGGGCUGCACGGGAAUGAGGCCCUGGGCCGGGAGCUGCUGCUGCUGCUGAUGCAGUUCCUGUGCAAGGAGUACCAAGAUGGGAACCCCCGUGUGCGGGGCCUGGUCACUGACACCCGCAUCCACCUCGUCCCCUCCCUCAACCCUGACGGCUACGAGCUGGCCCGCGAGGCGGGCUCUGAACUGGGCAACUGGGCGCUGGGCCAUUGGACAGAGGAGGGCUUCGACCUCUUUGAGAACUUUCCCGACCUGGCCUCAGCGCUGUGGGCAGCGGAGGAGAGGCGGCUGGUGCCCCACCAGUUCCCCAAUCACCACAUCCCCAUCCCGGAGCACUACCUGGCUGAGGAUGCGGCAGUGGCGGUGGAGACACGGGCUGUCAUGGCAUGGAUGGACAAGAACCCCUUCGUGCUGGGAGCCAACCUGCAGGGCGGGGAGAAGCUGGUGUCCUUCCCCUUUGACAUGGCCCGGCCCAGCCCCCCGACGCCGGCAGCUGCCCCUCGCCCACUGGACUAUGAGGACGAGCAUCCCGAGCUGCAGGAGACGCCCGACCACGCCGUGUUCCGCUGGCUCGCCAUCUCCUAUGCCUCAGCACACCUCACCAUGACUGAGACCUUCCGUGGGGGCUGCCACGCGCAGGACGUGACUGACGCCAUGGGCAUCGUGCAGGGCGCCAAGUGGCACCCCCGGGCUGGCAGCAUGAAUGACUUCAGCUACCUUCACACCAACUGCCUGGAGCUGUCUGUCUACCUGGGCUGCGACAAGUUCCCCCACGAGAGUGAGCUGCAGCAGGAGUGGGAGAACAACAAGGAGUCUCUGCUCACCUUCAUGGAGCAGGUCCAUCGUGGAAUCAAGGGCAUAGUGACAGACCAGCAGGGAGAGCCCAUUGCCAACGCCACCAUCGUGGUGGGGGGCAUCAACCACAACAUCAAAACAGCCAGCGGUGGGGACUACUGGCGCAUCCUGAACCCGGGCGAGUACCGUGUGUCGGCACGGGCCGAGGGCUACAAUCCCAGCGUCAAGACCUGCCACGUCCUCUACGACAUUGGGGCCACCCAGUGCAAUUUUGUCCUGUCCCGCUCCAACUGGAAGCGCAUCCGGGAGAUCAUGGCCAUGAAUGGGAACCGGCCGAUCCGCCUCGUGGUGCCCGGCCGGCCCAUGACACCCCGCGAGCGCCUGCGCCUGCGGAUGCGCCUCCGGCACCGCAUCUUUCCGCGCUGCGGGAGCAGCUGCGGCUGCGGCGCCUUCAAUGCCACCACAACCACCAGUGGCCCCACAGCCCCGCUGGCCACCACGGCCCUGCCCUUCCCCUUCAGCAGCACAGCCUACACGCCCUGGAGCCAGGAGCCGCCCACGGCCGGCACCUGGGAGAUGGACACCGAGACAGAGGUGGUCACCGAGCUGGUGACAGAGAUGGAGGGCUGGGAGCUGGGCACGGGGACAAUGCAGCCUCUCACCACAGCUGAGACCUACACAGUGAACUUUGGGGACUAGGGAUGCUCAGGCCUUUGCUCUGCUUCAAGCCACGGUCAGAUGCCCCAGCAUUCACUUCCAACAUCUUCCCUGAGCCUGGGCAGCUGCUCCCAGUGGGCUCCAGCCCUUCACCUUGCUGCUUCCCUGGACUGAGGGCAUUGGCCUUCACAGCUGGGCGCUGUCAGGGACAUGCUACCCCGUCCCUCGGGGCUGGGCAGUGCCAGCUCACUGUCCCUGUCCCAGUGGCAUGGCAGGGGUGGUCCCGCUCGCCGGGGCAGGGCCCACAGAGGCGGGCACAGCCCCUCUCCCAUCCACACAGUUUCGUUACACAAAUAAAUCAAGUUAUA